UUUACAAGCCGCGUUUGUACAGCGAGUGCGCGUGUAGUAGAGCCGGAGAGAGAGCGUGUGUGUGUGUGCGUGAGAGCAAAAGAGCGCCGCCGCCAAAGCUGCCCAACACAUACACGAAUGUCAGACACUUCGCGGUCGGUCGGCAGAAACGGCAAUUUUAUACGGGCGAAAAGUUAAAAAAUAAUUUACCCACUUUUCGGUGGCAAAAUCCCGAUAUACUUCUAAAAUCAGAAGAGUGCUGGCAGAGAAAAAGAGCAAAUGCGGGCGAUAAAACGUGCUAAUCCGGGGGCAUAAAACUCGUACGGCCAUUAUCUCGCUUUUUUUAAUUGCUUUUGUUUAUUUUUUGUAUAGGACACAGUAUAAUUUUUCUUUUGCGCCUCCCGCGUGUGUGUGUGAUUUAGCCACUCGCUGGUUUCUAUGUAUGUGCCCGUAUCUAAAGAACAGAGUUGCCGCCUGACGCGCAGAGUACGAAAAUCACAUUGCUUACAUAUUUAAAUAAAUAUUAUAAGGUUUAAAUCAGUGCCAGAUAAUCAAACAAAACUGUGAAAUAGUAAACAAUGUUUUUAAUAGAAAGUUAUGAAAAGUUGUUAAGCUGUUGGGAGUAUUUCGGCCAUCAUGGCAACCCUGUUUAAUUGCAGUCUGUCUGUAUAUGUUCGCAUGUUGUUUGUGCGGAGUGUGCUGUUUUUACGAAAGAAAAGUGUAAUAUUUUCCCUUAAUAAAUCCCCUCCAUUUCAACUUAACAACUGGAAUAGUGGCCACGGAGGCCCCCGAAAAUCGAACAGUGAUUUUGCGUAACAAUUUCUGGGCCACAUGCAACUGUGCGCUUGAUUUUUCGGCGGUAAACACUCACACUCGUACCCUCGCUCCCGUUUCCUGCGCUAGUGUGCGUGUGUCUCGCUGGCUCCGCGUGCCUGUGUGUGUGUAUGAUAUGCAAAAUGCGAAGUAGCCCACUCAUGGAGUGCCACUAAGUGCCGGUUCCGCCUGCGGAAAAAAUAAUAUAAAAUUGAAACUGCCAUCGAAAAUAUAAGAAAAGAAGAAAAAAACAAGAGUCAUAAAACUCUGGCAAAAAGAAUACACAUAUAGUCAUCGUUUAAGAGGAGUUUCCAAGUAGAGUGGAGUGUUCAAAGAUAACCGGAAGGAAGAGGAGCAGAAGGACUUCCGCUCCGGGAAAUCGGUGUCCACCUCGGAACUAUCGCUAUUGUUCUAGCCGGCAACAUACCAGCCUAACAACAACAUGUAUCCCUCACCGGUGCGCCACCCCGCCGCCGGGGGACCACCUCCUCAGGGUCCAAUCAAGUUCACCAUCGCCGACACACUGGAACGCAUCAAGGAGGAAUUCAACUUCCUGCAGGCGCAGUACCACAGCAUCAAAUUGGAGUGCGAGAAGCUGUCGAACGAGAAGACGGAGAUGCAGCGCCAUUAUGUUAUGUACUACGAGAUGUCCUAUGGCCUUAACGUGGAGAUGCACAAGCAGACGGAGAUCGCCAAGCGUCUGAACACACUGAUCAACCAGCUACUUCCAUUCCUUCAGGCCGACCACCAGCAGCAAGUGCUGCAGGCAGUGGAGCGGGCGAAGCAGGUGACGAUGCAGGAGCUCAACCUGAUCAUUGGGCAUCAGCAGCAACAUGGAAUACAGCAACUUUUACAACAGAUCCACGCCCAGCAGGUGCCGGGCGGACCGCCACAGCCGAUGGGUGCACUGAAUCCAUUUGGCGCCCUGGGCGCCACCAUGGGCCUGCCACACGGACCACAAGGUCUUCUGAACAAACCGCCCGAACACCACAGGCCGGACAUCAAGCCAACGGGUCUGGAAGGGCCAGCAGCCGCCGAGGAGCGAUUGCGCAAUUCGGUUUCGCCGGCCGAUCGUGAGAAGUACCGCACACGCUCGCCGCUGGACAUCGAGAACGACUCGAAGCGUCGAAAAGAUGAGAAACUGCAAGACGAUGAAGGCGAGAAAAGCGAUCAAGAUUUAGUCGUAGAUGUUGCAAAUGAAAUGGAAUCCCACUCACCGCGCCCCAACGGCGAGCACGUGUCAAUGGAGGUCCGAGAUCGGGAAAGUUUGAAUGGCGAGCGCCUGGAGAAGCCCAGCAGUAGUGGCAUUAAGCAGGAACGUCCGCCCUCACGGUCCGGCUCCAGUUCGUCACGUUCCACACCCAGCCUCAAGACAAAAGAUAUGGAAAAACCGGGCACACCGGGCGCAAAGGCACGCACACCGACACCGAACGCCGCUGCUCCGGCGCCAGGCGUUAAUCCUAAACAAAUGAUGCCGCAGGGACCACCGCCAGCCGGAUAUCCGGGGGCACCGUAUCAGCGGCCAGCCGAUCCCUACCAGCGUCCUCCGUCGGAUCCAGCCUAUGGACGACCGCCACCAAUGCCGUACGAUCCGCACGCGCAUGUGCGAACCAAUGGCAUUCCACAUCCCUCAGCCCUGACGGGUGGAAAGCCGGCAUACUCUUUCCAUAUGAACGGCGAGGGUAGCCUGCAGCCGGUGCCGUUCCCGCCGGACGCGCUGGUGGGCGUUGGGAUUCCCCGGCACGCCCGUCAGAUCAACACGCUGUCGCACGGAGAGGUCGUCUGCGCGGUAACCAUCUCCAAUCCCACAAAGUACGUGUACACGGGCGGCAAGGGCUGCGUCAAGGUGUGGGACAUCUCGCAGCCGGGCAACAAGAAUCCCGUCAGCCAGCUGGAUUGCCUGCAGCGCGACAACUACAUCCGCUCGGUGAAGCUGCUGCCCGACGGCCGCACGCUGAUCGUGGGUGGCGAGGCGUCCAACCUGUCCAUCUGGGACCUGGCCAGUCCGACGCCCCGCAUCAAGGCCGAGCUGACCUCGGCGGCUCCCGCCUGCUACGCCCUGGCCAUCAGUCCCGACUCGAAGGUGUGCUUCUCGUGCUGCAGCGACGGCAACAUCGCCGUGUGGGACCUGCACAACGAGAUCCUGGUGCGACAGUUCCAGGGCCACACCGACGGCGCCUCGUGCAUCGACAUCAGUCCCGACGGUUCCAGGCUGUGGACGGGCGGCCUGGACAACACGGUGCGCUCCUGGGAUCUGCGCGAGGGUCGCCAGCUGCAACAGCACGACUUCAGCUCUCAAAUAUUCUCGCUCGGCUAUUGUCCCACAGGCGACUGGCUGGCUGUGGGAAUGGAGAACUCGCAUGUAGAGGUGCUGCACGCAUCGAAACCGGACAAGUAUCAACUGCAUCUGCACGAGAGCUGCGUUCUGUCGCUGCGCUUUGCCGCCUGCGGCAAAUGGUUCGUUUCCACCGGCAAAGACAACCUGCUAAACGCAUGGCGAACACCUUACGGUGCCAGCAUAUUCCAGUCGAAGGAAACAUCAUCCGUACUUAGCUGCGACAUAUCAACUGACGACAAAUAUAUUGUGACGGGUUCGGGCGAUAAGAAGGCUACUGUCUACGAAGUUAUUUAUUAAAUCCACAAAACCAAGCAGUUUUUUCAUUUUGUAAUAAGCUCGUAUAGUUUUUAUUACAACAACAAAAACAAUUAACUACAACAAACAAAAUGUUCGAAAUCAUGCAUAUAACAGAAAAACACCAGCAGCAUCGGCAGUAGAAGCAACAAGAAAGGCGGCAGUAGCAACGCAUCAAAAAGCGAAGCAAAAAUGAAAAUUCUAUAAUAUAUAUACAAAAAUGAAAAAACUAAAAUUUUAAGCGUACUUGUAGCUACUAAGCCUAAGCUAAGUCCAAUAAAUAAAAACAAACCAACAAGUUGAA